AUGAGAGAGGAGGAGGAGAAAAAGGAGGAGGAGGAGGAGGAGAAAGAGGAGGAGGAGAAAGUCUCCCCGGGGCUCGCGCCGUUUGUCCCCGGGGUUCGCGCCGUUUGUCCCCGGGGUUCGCGCCGUUUGUCCCCGGGGCUCGCGCCGUUUGUCCCCGGGGCUCGCGCCGUUUGUCCCCGGGGCUCGCGCCGUUUGUCCCCGGGGUUCGCGCCGUUUGUCCCCGGGGCUCGCGCCGUUUGUCCCCGGGGCUCGCGCCGUUUGUCCCCGGGCGGAAGUGCUCUGGGCCCGGCAGCCUGUCCUCCGCAGACCGCGCUGGGGGUGGCUCUCCUCCUGGACACCGGGAAACAGCCGUAUUCCCGUUAG